CCUUCCUUUCCCUCCUCCUCCUCCUCUUCCCUCCCUCCCUCCCCCCCUUCCCGGAGGUUGCUCCCCUCCUCCUUCUUCCUCCUCCUCUUCCUCUUCCUCGGCGCAGGCUCGCCCUCCAGCGGCCGGCCGGGGAGCGCAGCGCAGAAGCGGCCGGCCAGGGAUGGGGAAGGCGCGGAGGUCGCCGGGCCGCAGGCGGACGCCCCCGGCCCCUCCGCCGGUCCGCGAGCGGGGUUCCCGGAGCUCAGCCCGGGCUCCGGCCAAGCCGCCGCCUCCCGCUCCGCCUCCGCCGUCCAAGGGCCCUCCGGUGGGCUCGGGGUCCCCGGGGGACGCGUCGGAGGAGCCGGCCAGCCUGGCCCUGGGUGCGCAGCGGGAGCGCUGGCUGCAGUUCCAGAAGCGGCAGCGGGUCAGCUGCGAGGAGGCGGCGAAGCUCCUGCUUGACACCUUUGAGUACCAAGGGCUGGUGAAACACACAGGAGGCUGUCACUGCGGGGCCGUCCGGUUUGAAGUCUGGGCCUCCGAUAACCUUCAUGUUUUUGAUUGCAACUGCAGCAUCUGUGUGAAAAAACAGAACAGGCAUUUUAUCGUGCCCGCUUCCCACUUUAAGCUGUUGAAGGGUGCUGACCAUCUCGCCACGUAUACCUUCAACACUCACUCCGCCCAGCACACCUUCUGUAAGACGUGCGGCGUCCAGAGUUUUUAUACCCCGCGUUCCAAUCCAGACGGUUACGGAAUCGCGCCCCACUGCCUGGAUGAUGGGACCGUCACCAAGAUCACGGUAGAGCCGAUCAACGGGAAGGAAUGGGAGAAAGCAGUGAAGGGCCACCCCACCAUCAGGAAUAUGUCGAAGCCUUGACCCCGUCCCGUUUCUGGAAAAGCGCAAAGGGGCCCUUCGUGGUCUCCCUUCUUUUAAUCCGGGUUUCGUUUAGGAAACCAAAGGGUGCCAUUUUUGUGCGUGCGUGGGUGCGUGGGUGUUUGUGUGUCUCUCUCUCUCUCACUCUCUACUGCCUAUUUCCCCCAUCGGAUAGGAUAGCGGCAUAGAAAACAGGACUCUCUCAAUCCUACGCACCAAAAAAAUACGUGUAUAUUUUGUCCUAUCUUGAGAAAAAGAGCGAUUAAACAUCGCGGAGCCCCAAAACGACACCGUAAAUGUUUUGCUGUGGUGCAAAGAUCCGGAGGGGAAUUUCAAAGGGGUGUGUGUGAUGUGUGUGUGUGUGCCCUACAGAUAGUCCUCGACUUAGGACCUUUCAUUUAGCGACCAUUGGGAAGUUACAUCAUCAUUGGAAUCGUCGCCCGCCCGUCCAGCAGGAGCCGAAGAAGCUUCUUGGAUGAGAAGCGAAACAUCUUGCGGGAGCUUCCUCGCAGGAGCCUUUCAAGGGGAGAUUGGACUGCCAUUUGUCGGGGAUGAUGUAGGGUCUCCUGCUUGAGGGGAGGGAGGGGUUGGACUAGAUGACCUACGAGGUCCCUUCCAACUCUUUUCCUCUAUCUAUCUAAUACUAUCUUCAAAGAAAAAAAAACCCAGAAAGUCCAGUUGCCUGGAAAAAAAGCAUCUUUUGCGACAACCACGACCUGGAUGACGGAGAAUCUCCAUAGACCUUUAGCAUUGGAAAAGAAGCGACUUAUGACCGAUUUUCACACUUAGCGACCGUUGCAGCAUUGCCCGGGGUCACGUGAUCCAAAGUCGGAUGCUCGCCAACCGGUUCGUAUUUAUGACGGUCGCGGUGUUUCCCCCCCCCCCCGGAUCACGUGAUCCCCAUUUUUGUUACCGUCUGAAAAGGUUAAAUCCACGGGUAAACCAGGUUCGCUUAACAACCGUGUUCCUGACUUCGCCACUGCAGUGAUUCACUUAGUAACUGGUGGCUGGGGGGAAAAAAAGUUGUACCGUGGGGCCAAGCUCGCUGAACCGAGUGUCUUGCUCAGCGACCAGAGAUUCUGGGCUCCGUUACGGUCGUACGUUGAGGACUAUUUGUAUCUCCAUUUUUGAAAAAGAAAAAUGAAUUCUUAAGAUUUUGUUGUUGUUUUUAUUGGAAGGAAGCGCUGAUCCGUCAUGGUGCUUAGAAUCAUUUCUCUAGAGGCCUCUUUUUAUGACGGUCUUAAUUCGACCUUGUGGCCGGAACCGCCCAGGGUUAAGAAACUUGGUUUGUCCUGCCGGAUGGGGGAAUGUCUUUGUGUAUUGCAGAGGUCUUCAAACUUGGCAGCUUUUAAGACUGGCGGACUUCAACUCCCAGAAUUCCCCAGCCAGAUAAGACUGGGGGACUUCAACUCCCAGAAUUCUCCAGCCAACUAAGACUGGCGGACUUUAACUCCCAGAAUUCUCCAGCCAGCUAAGACUGGGGGACUUCAACUCCCAGAAUUCUCCAGCCAGCCAAGACUGGCGGACUUCAACUCCCAGAAUUCCCCAGCCAGCUAAGACUGGCGGACUUCAACUCCCAGAAUUCCCCAGCCAACUAAGACUGGGGGACUUCAACUCCCAGAAUUCUCUAGCCAACUAAGACUGGCGGACUUCAACUCCCAGAAUUCCCCAGCCAGCUAAGACUGGCGGACUUCAACUCCCAGAAUUCCCCAGCCAGCUAAGACUGGCGGACUUCAACUCCCAGAAUUCUCCAGCCAGCUAAGACUGGGGGACUUCAACUCCCAGAAUUCUCCAGCCAGCUAAGACUGGGGGACUUCAACUCCCAGAAUUCCCCAGCCAGCUAAGACUGGCGGACUUCAACUCCCAGAAUUCCCCAGCCAGCUAAGACUGGCGGACUUCAACUCCCAGAAUUCCCCAGCCAGCUAAGACUGGCGGACUUCAACUCCCAGAAUUCCCCAGCCAGCUAAGAAUUCUGGGAGUUGAAAUCCCCCAGUCUUAAAAGCUGCCAAGUUUGAAGACCUGGUGUAUUGUGUGAAUGCUUAAAAGUGGCUUUAUUUCAAUUUUCGGGUUUUAGCGUUUAGGUAUGAAUGCUGUUUUAAGGUUGCUUUGUCCAAACGGGACACUUUUCACUUUUUGAGGAAAUUCUUGUUUUGAAAAAAAAAUAAAAAAUAAAAAAACACGUA